AUGUCAACCUUUUCACAAUCAUUCCCAACCUGUUCAUAUCUAUCUAUCUAUCUAUCUAUCUAUCUAUCUAUCUAUCUAUCUAUCUAUGUCUAUUCAUAUUUAUUUAUCCCAGUCUGUUCAUAUCUAUCUCUGUCUGUCCCUAUCUAUCUAUCUAUCUAUCUAUCAUCUAUCUAUCUAUCUAUCUAUCUGACUUUUCACAUCUAUCUAUCUAUCUAUCUAUCUAUCUAUCUAUCUAUUUUUCUAUCUAUCUAUGUAUGUUUCAUAUCAUCUAUCUAUCUCUAUCUAUCUAUCUACCUAUCUAUCUAUCUGUCUCAGUAUGUUUAUAUCUAUCUAUCUAUCUAUCUAUCUAUCUAUCUAUCUAUUUAUCUAUCUAUCUAUCUAUCUGAGUCUGUUCAUAUCUAUCUAUCUAUCUGUGUUCAAUCCCAGUCUGUUCAUAUCUAUCUCUAUAUUUAUCUAUCUAUCUAUCACUGUCUCUUCAAAUCUAUCUAUCUCAGUCCAUUACGUGUUCAUAAUCUCUCUCUCUCUCUCUCUCUCUCUCUCUCUCUCUCUCCAGCUCCUCCCGCUCAACGUUCCGGUAGUCUUCUCCCUAAACAACUACUUCGUGAAGCGGAAUGUGUUUUCCGUGAAGGACUUCCGGGCCCUGGAAGCAUUCUUUCUAUUUUUGGCAAGCCGUUCUGCUCUACUCAACUUUCCAAUGCGCUUAAUAUGCCUUCCAGGAUUGGUUGGAUUUCCUCUGCCCAUCAACAUGCAUUACUGCUCGUAAUAUUCACAUCUCUUUCCUCAGUGAGCAGAUCGUUCCCCGCCGCCAACUUUCCUGCAUUGGAGCUAAGGGCUUAG